AUCGAACAACAUCUACUUUCGAUUUAGAGCGGAAGUCGACGUGUACGCUGAAGUUUUUACAUCAGAAAAUUGACUUUUCUAGGUGCAAAUCAGUGUGACAUAUUUGUGAAUUUCUUUUCUUCGAUUUAAAAACGAUUUGUUUUGUACAAAGAAAGUCAACUAAUUGGAAUCCCGGGACCUGAAAGAAUAAUGAUAUUUCAAGCAAUGAUAACAUUAAAUGGUUUGCAGGAGUUUAAUACUGAAGACUGAAAACUCUGUAGAAUUUGAAUUUGUGCCAUUGUCUAAUUUGUCUUCAAACAUCAAGAUUCAUAUGAAGAGAAAACAGAAAAAUAAAAAUGUCCGGAAGAAGGAAUAGAGGAAACUUUGGACUUAUUUUACUUGGAUCACAACUUUUAAAUGUUGGGGUAAACAGAAUACCUCCAGUAACUCUAGCCCUUAUUGCUGCACAGACAGCAAUUUUUAUGGAUGUUUUCCCCAAAUAUUUCCCAUCAGCGACUGCUGUUUGUAUGAGUUCAUAUAUUGUGUGGUACCAUAAAAAAUGGGAAAGACUUUUUCUCUCAGCUGUUUUUCACGCAGACGACAUGCAUCUUUAUUUCAAUAUGUCUUCGUUAAUCUGGAAAGGGAUAUUUCUAGAGAAAAAGUUUAAAAGUGUUUAUUUUGCAUAUCUAGUCUCAGUUUUUACAGCUUUAACAAGUAUUGUUUAUAUUGGCUUAAAUAUUUUAUUAGAAAAUGUUUUAGAAGAUCAUUCAUAUGGAAUGCAGUGUGCUGUUGGAUUCUCAGGUGUACUAUUUGCAUUAAAAGUUUUAGUGACUCAUUACACACCACCAGGACGCCACCUAGCUCUCGGUUUUAUACCUGUACCAUCCCGAUGGAUUUACUGGGUCGAGUUAAUCCUAAUCCAAUUAGUUACACCUAAUGCAUCUUUUACAGGUCAUUUAGCUGGUAUUUUAGUUGGGUUGUUUUUUAUCAAAGGUCCAUUAAAACCUCUCAUGGACAGCAUCAUAUCUCCAGAAAUGGGUAAUAAUUACAGAUACCAUGGUACUGGCUAUAGUUCUGGCAAUAGUCAGUCUAGUAACUAUAUUUACACUGACAGGGGAGGUUACUCUAGAACAACUCCUUCAGCUCCACCACCAGAAUAUGGAUUUAGACAAGAAUAUACUGGUGGUUUAUCAGAAGAUGAACAAUACAGACGUGCUCAGAGAGAAAGUUUGCAACAACAAACGAAUCAGAGACUCUACCCAGAUUUGGACGAAUUAAGAAAACACAGAAUGAGACAUUAUAAUUAAUUUGGUUAAUGAAGUCAUAUUAAAAGUUUGAAUUCCAUUGGUUAAUGAAGUCAUAUUAAAGUCUAGAUUCUUUUAGUUGAUGAUGUCAUACGGCAGUCUGGUUUCUAUUGUCAAUAAUUUCUCACUUUCAAAAUGUUACGGUAACAUUCCAGCACAAAUUGUGACAGAUUUGGACAAUAUUUUCCUGAAAAAGGAAUGCAGUGAAAAAUUUAAUGGUACAUUUUAUUGUGGGAUAAGUCUGUCAACUGAUGACUAGUCUGUCAACUGAUGAUGCCUGCCAGCUGAUGGCUAAUCUGUCAACUGAUGGCUAAUCUGUCAACUGAUGAUGUCUGCCAAUGAAUAUAAAGUAAGAACGAUAUGUGUAGCGCCUUUCUGUCUGACAUGGAGAGCGGAAACAUACUAAAACCGGUCGCCACAUCCUACGUACGACCAAUGCAUCUUUUCUUACUACAUAUUUCUGUAGCCUUGUGAUCGUCUAGAAUUUGUCUUUAGCAGUCUGUAGUUCUGCUUCACGUUGUGUAUUUACUUCUUACUGGUUUCUUAAGACGUUUGUCUUACCAGGAAUAACAAUGCAACAAUUCGCUUCUACAUUUUAUAUAGCAUAGCUGAAUACAUGUAUACAAGCACAGAUUACAAUACAAGCUAAAACCGUUUCUCAACUCUAGCCAGCCUCGCGGCUGUCUAGGAACUCAGAUGGAACCUCUCUGGAAUCUAUAUUACGCACAGAAAGCCUGUUCAUGGACCUGAACUUGUGUAAUUUCUGAUAUGAUUGGUAAAGUGAAGCCAAAUGAUGCAAUUAGAAUAAUUCCACUCAUGUGUAAUCUGGUGGUAUUUUAUUGACACAUGUUUUGGCUAAAUAACUCUUUUUAUGUGUCAACUGUCAAUUACAGACUAAGUUGAUUUAGUACACACUAUAUAUAAUAUAUAUGUGAAUAUGUGUGAAACUAUUAAUUUGCCAAAUAUAUUAAUUAAUGAAAUAUAAAGUCAUCUUAUUUCUCUAUUCUUUGUCUAUAAAUUUAAAAACAAUGCCGCAAUGACUAUAUUGUUACAUAUGUGUGUAAUGGUAUGACUAAUUUAUCAAACAGAAGUUUCAGUUAUAGGCUCUCUUUAAAAGAAAGCAAUAGUCUUUCAGUGAGGCAAAUGCUAUAAACAGUUGCAAAUCCAAAAUUGUGUGACUAUCCUGCUUGGUUCAUGGCAUAUCAUGAUAGUGAUGAUACUAAGGUGCCCCUUUUUAUAUGCCCGAUUGAUACACAGUGUUGACGGUCAUGAGGCGAAGAAGCCUAUUGAUUUUCAACAAUUUCCGAUAAUUACUGCCAGAGUUAUAGCUUUUGAUCACUUUGAAAAAUCUUGUGGAUGCUUUAGAGGCUAAAGUUAAUGAGGCGAAGAAGCCCAAUAAUUUCCGAUAAUUACUGCCAGAGUUAUGGUCCUUGAUUACUUGAAAAGUUAAUAUAAAUUUAUAUUGCCAGUUAGUGAUACCCUGAUAUUUUUGCCCAGUGCUUGCCCCAUGGGUGUUUUCGGGGUAAUCCAGUAUUUUUCUGGUAAGAUUGGUUGUCUGUACUUUCCAUAUAUACCAAAUUUGCCAUACGUUUAUUGGAAAUAACCACCCGAUCAAUACUUUCGGGACAAUGUAUCUUUAACAUUUUCUUCAUCAUAAACAUAACAAAUCCAUAGAAAUAGGUGCAAAUAAAUCAUUAAAUAAA